GGUCCCGGAGGAGCAACGAUCAACGCAGCUGACGAGCGGCGUGCACAUCAUUACUCGAGUCGGGCGUGGUUCACGAUUGCUAUGUCGAUCAUGUGCUCGUGUUUGUAUCCAAGUACGUACGCACACAAGGAUGGUUGGUGCGACGGGAUGCCAAACGCGAGGGUGCCGACGGGUUGA